GGACUUGGAGCCUUUACAUUCCAGUCAUUCCAGCCGCAGCGAACAAUCGGCCCUCAGUAUUUAUCGGUGCGGCUCUCGGCUGCGCUCGGCUCAGUCUGCUGUUGCCCGUCGGAUGGAGUGGAAGGAGCUCGCGGAAAAUUGUGGACCUUGUUGAAUUUAGCGCAGAAUUCUGUGAGAUUACGCCACCGUUAACUCUUUCCUUUGUGAUGAGACUAUAAUUUGAUUUGUGAUUUGUGAAGUGCCCAAAACUGCCACCUCAAGGCUGGUUUUCCCCACUCAUUCCCUACGGACUGAAAUGAGAACCGCCGAAGGCUCAUCUGGAACGGUCCUGCACCGGCUCAUCCAAGAACAGCUUCGCUACGGGAACCUGACGGACACUCGCACCCUUCUGGCUAUCCAGCAGCAGGCCCUGCGUGGAGGCAGCAGCAGCGGCGGGGGGGGCACAGGCAGUCCUCGCUCCUCUGUGGAGAGCCUGACUCAGGAAGAGUCCCAGUUCAUUCAGAUGUCAACACGACAGGAGCCUCAAGGCCAGGAGCACCAGGGGGACUUCCUGCACUCUGAGAGCCAGGUGUGCCAUCUGUACCAGCUUCAUGGAGAAGAGCUGCCCACCUAUGAGGAGGCAAAGGCCCACUCCCAGUACCGGAUCUCCCAGAAGGAGCAGGAAGGGCCCAACAUGGACAUAAUUGAGAGUCACAGCGAGGGACAGUGGGAUCUGAAAAGGGAGCAUACUCGCUCCCUCAGUGACCGGCUCAUGCAGCUUUCUCUGGAGAGGAACGGACCUAGAGACAGUCUGGCUAUGAGCUCCUCGCACAGCUACCCACAGCUCUAUAAUAAUAUUACAAAUGCUGUGGCACCUAACGGGCAAGUGGCCCAACAGUAUGUUGAGCAGCGGGGGCCGCCCCCGGACUAUCCUCUGUUUGCCAGACUUCCUGGGUACAUGCUGAGCCACUCCCAGGAUCACGGACAGUUCUUCAGAGACCCUCCUCCCCCCCUCUACUCACAGCAUCACAGGUAUGUGUCUGCUCAGUCCCAGGUGGCUCACAACAGCAUCCCCUCAGCCUCCAGCGAUAACUCUGCUCAGACGGACGUGUUGAUGCGGGAGAAUGAGCGGCUCAGGAAGGAGCUGGAGGUCUACGUCGAGAAGGCCGCCAGGCUUCAGAAGUUGGAGUUGGAGAUCCAGAGGAUAUCUGAAGCUUAUGAGACUCUGAUGAAAGGCUCUGCCAAGAGGGAAACCCUGGAGAAAACCAUGAGGAAUAAACUAGAGGCUGAGAUUAAGAGGAUGCAUGACUUUAACAGAGACCUGAGAGAUCAGCUUGACUCAGCAACCAAACAGCGAGUGGCCAAGGAGGCCGAGUGCUCAGACCAGAGGCAGCAUGUCUUCGUUAAACUGCUGGAGCAAAAUGAGGAGCAGCAGCGGGAGCGUGAACACCUGGAGAGGCAGAUAGAGCACCUGCGGGUCUCCGGGGAGGAGUGCCAACGGAGACGGGAACUGCUUGAGCAGGCCCUGGCCUCGACGCAGGCCCGCAACCGGCAGCUGGAGGAAGAACUGCAGAGGAAGAGAGCGUACGUAGAGAAGGUCGAGCGGCUGCAGAGCGCGCUUGCUCAGCUGCAGGCGGCGUGCGAGAAGAGGGAGACGCUGGAGCUACGGCUGCGCACGCGACUGGAGCAGGAACUGAAAAGCCUCCGGGCGCAACAGGCUCAGAGACAGGCAGCUGAUCCCAUGGCUGCAGGACUGAGCUCCACGCUGCAGCAGCAGCUGCUCAGGGAGAAGGAGGAGCGUAUUCUGGCCCUGGAGGCAGACAUCACCAAGUGGGAGCAAAAGUACCUGGAGGAGAGCACCAUGAGGCAGUUUGCAAUGGAUGCAGCUGCCACUGCUGCCACACAGAGGGAUACAACCAUUAUCAAUCAUUCACCUCGACAUUCACCAAACAACAGUUUUAAUGAAGACCUGCCUUUGGCGAGUCAUAGACAUCAGGAGAUGGAGAACAGGAUCCGUGCACUUCAUGCUCAGCUCCUGGAGAAGGAUGCUGUGAUCAAAGUCAUCCAGCAGCGCUCCAGAUGGGAGCAGGGCAGGCUGGAGAGACAGGGGCUUCGUCUCGCCAGGUCCGUCCCCUCUAUCAACACUGUGGCCAGCAGCACAGAGUCUAAAGGAAAGAGCCUCUCAGAUGACCAGACAGGUGCUGCUGCGCUGCAACCCCGAACCCGCGUGGGGCCCAGGGCCCCGAGCCGAGACUCCAGCACCCAAAGUGACGAGGUCCCGCAGGAGCAAGAGCUCACAGCAGAGCCUGGAAUGCUGAAGACGUCUGAGAUGAUGUCAAGAGCUACCACUGACACCUCGGCGGAGCCAAAGGCGCCACUCAAGACAUUCAAGAGCAUCAACAGCUCAGCUGGAGAGGUGGUUGAAAUCCUCAUUUAAGGGCUCACUACAGCUGAUAUGACUGUACAGUGACAGCCAGCGAUGUCUUUUGGCCGAGGUGUUCACCUACACCAACAUGCAGAGUCCACGAUGUGGCACAGUUUGGAGAGGAGAGCUGAGCUUUCCUUCUAAUGGACAGUUCACAAACGUUGACAUUUUCCUCCAAGGUACCUGGACAGUAUUCUGCAUUGUGAUAGGAACAGGGCUGCUGGUUGUGCAUAUACAUUGGUUAGGUUUGUUACUUUUUUACUUAUGUAUUGUAUUUAUAUUUAUAAAUGCUGCUCAUUUUGUGAUGUUACUUUUAUGUUUGGGGGGUGAGUAGAACAAUGAUUACUCGCCUUGCUCUUCUCCACUUAAAUUAUAUACAGUUAUACUCACUUGUCUGGAUUAAGCAUGUCCUCCUUUGUUUUGUUUGGUUUAUUUAAAAUUUCCUUUAUGAAUCCUAUUAUCAUGCCCUUUGAAUGUAAUGGGGAUAUUUAUAAUCUGAGCAUUCUCUUUGUUUUAAUGCCAUGUUUGGGGAUUAUUCUGUUUAACAGAACGACUCAAAUAUAAAUCGACAGUUGCUCCUCUCUUUAAAAUACAUUUGGGCCCCUGCUCACAGCUCAGAAGAAGAUUUAGAAACUUUGAAUGCAGAGCCUGCAGAACGUCUGCUCAUUUCCCUCUUUAAAAAGCCUGCGAGGAUUGACAGUGUUUCACGGGGGGUCUAAUUUUCCAGAUCCCGGGUUAAUGUUCGGGGCCUCAGAUGGCGACGGUCCAGAAUUUCGCUCCCCUCCGCUGACACGCUGGAGCUAAUCUUCUCACAUUCCCUCGCUGAGGGAAUGCUCCCGUUAAAGAAAAAGGCUAUCUAAAGUCUGACCCCUCGCCCUUGUUAAAACGGCACACAUUCUCCACAUGAUUCUCUUUCUGGAGCAGGUUAUUUCUUCUUAGUCGUGGUAGCUGGUUCUACCACGGGCAUAGAAAUGGUCAACUAUAAUUGGCCUGCAUUUGCUACUCUAUUUGUUGUCCCCAUCACUGUGUUAUAUUCAGCUGUGUUUUCUCCACUGCUAUCUCACAUUUCUGAGUGGACUAUGUCCUUAACAUGGAAUCUUCUAUUUAUUUCUCCCUGCAUAGUGUAGGAUUACUGAACACUGCUGAAUGUAGACUCCUGUUUUCCAGGACUGUGUGUUGUAUUUAACUGGAAUGUGCACAACUCUGAUUUGUUCUACUCCUUUAGAGGGGAAUACCCCUAAGCUAAUAUAUUAUCCUUCAGUUUUGAAUUCCUGCAUUGUCAGGUUCCACCUUGACAACAUCAUCAACAGCAGUAGUGUUUGAAAUCCCACAAAUUGCAUGUGAAUUCUCACAUUUGAUAAGUAUUCCCCUUCAAGCUUUUUCAUCAUAUUUCCUCUCACAAUGCGUUUGCUGGUCAAUGCAGUGUCAGUUUGAGUUAAUGCCUACUUCACUUUUUUUGGAAUGCGUUUACAUGAAUGGCUAUUUGAAGUGACAUAUGUUAAUAUAUAUUGUAUUUUUUUUUCAUUUAUGUAAUUUUUUUCUUCUGGUGCCAAAGAUGUACUCUACGUUUAAGUUAUAACCGAUGACAAAUACAAAAGGUCCUCUUUUAAGGUGCCUUGCUUCAGCUGGUUGAUCUGUUUUGAUGUUGCUGUGAACAUUUGUAAAGGAAACAUUUGUAUGUAUGCCUUAACAUUUCACUAUAAUAGAUUAAAACUCCUAAUAUAUGUCUGAUAAAAGGUGUUCUGUUUUGAUGUGUUGCAC